AUGCCCAUAAGUACACUUGAUUAUCCGCUAUUGACCACUUUCUUCGAGGCUGAGAUUGUGGGAAGAAAAUACUCAUUUUUGACCAACAAAUGGGAGGCAGACGAAGCAGUGGAUCGUCAACACUGGGGAAAAUUCUCGUCGUGUGAGAAGUUUGCAGAUAAACUUACUGACAAGGGCUUUCGUUAUGACUGUGCGCGCGAGGACAACAUAUACAUGCGUUGGAAGGAGCAUUUCUUAGUGCCCGACCACAAAGUGCGAUCCAUAGCGGGGGCCAGUUUUGCGGGGUUCUACUAUAUCUGCUACCAACGAUCAACGGACACCAUUGAAGGCUUUUACUACCACAAGAAAUCGGACUGGUAA